AAAAGGUUUUUUUAUCGAAGGUGGCUUAAUUCAUAUAAAUGAAAAUAGCAUUCAGUAAGGGGACAAGAUAAUAAAAGAACCACAAGUAAUCAUCCGCCCGUGGCCGAGACUGAGAGUUAACCACAUGUAGAAAAGCAGUAUAACUCGCUAGACCAAGAUUUGGCAACUUAAAGCCAAUGACGAUUACCGUAGAGCUUUCAAAACCCAAACCUAAUGCAAGAGUCUUACAACAUAAAAUAAAAUAACAACAAAACACAAACAUCUUAACUUGGAAAUUAAUAUGGAUAAAAGAUAAGUAAGCAAACUCCAAAAUGCAUCGAUUAACCCUUGGCGGUGGUUCUGGGGGAGGUCGGACCCUCACAGCGAUUGUUGUUGCACCAAAGCAGUUUUCUUCCAACUCGGCCGCCUCUACUUCAUCAUUGUUGUUGCACCAAAAGCGAUUUCCCCGGGCGCCAAACAGAUGCCAUCAGAUCUUGGAACCCCGGAAGGUUGAUCUUCCAGUCCGUAAUCACGGCGUCGACUUCUCCUGACAUGGAGAUCCCCUCCCUUCGUUCGUCCCCUGCGUCUUCCUGUUUGGCCAAACCCAAGCCGCGACCAAGCCCUUCCAACGACGCCCAGACCACUGCCGUCAUUCGCCUUCACCACAACCUAAGCACCGUUCUUCGUUAAUAAACGAAAACGGGAAACGAACCCCAGCGGCGAAAAGCCCAAGGGAAGAAACGAGACCCCAGCGGCGGAAAGCCCUAGGGAAGAAAAAUCAAAGUGGAGCUUUAGGCAGAUUCGUAAAAGGUUCUACUAGAAAAAUAUACCGGGCCCUAUGUUAUUAUUUAAUAAAUAUAUAAAUGCAGGGCUUUACCGAAGAGAUUAAAUUGGAGAAAGAUCGUUGGGAAGGGAUGAUCACAAAAUACAACUCAACAUCUCUAAUGCAAUUUAAUUGCUCAUCUUUCGGACAGAAAGAAGAUCAGGCAGCGGAUGAGAACACCACAACAGCUGGGGCAAGUCUUGACACGGAAUAUAAAGCAUUGCAUACUUGGAUUGAUAGGGCAACCAAUCAAAAAAAUGUUACAGAUUUCCUACGCUCACUCCUAAAGUCGAUGUAUGCUCAUGUUGAUGCUGGAGCGUUCAAAGAAGUUGCAGUGGGCAAUGACCCCAUUGACUUGAAGAUCAUAUCAGAGAGAGUUGAGUCCGGACAAUACUAUGAAAUAGUGGAAGUGUUUGCCUGUGAUGUGAGGAGGAUGUUGGCAAACAUUCGCACAUUAUAUGCUCCUGGAUCCAUGCACUCUAUUUGUGCAAGUAGGUUUGAAAAGUAUUUCACGAUGAAACUGAACUGUGAGUACAUUCUGUGGACGACUCCUUAAACACUGCAUGCAAGUGACUUGGAAUUGCUGCCCUGGCAUGGCCUGUCCGCAGGACCGCCCUGGCAUGGCCUGUCCGCAGGACCGACUUUAGGAGGGAGGCAUCUAGGCAUAUGCCUAGGGCACCAUGUUGUGUUCUUGUGGGCACCAUUUUUUUAAAACAAAACUAUUGUUAUCAUAUACUCGUAAUUAAUAAUUUAUAUAUACGUAGUAGUAUUUGGUUAUACUAAAGAAAGAGAAAAAAGCACGGAGUACGUGGUAACACUUUUACCUUGGUGACUGUUGGUGUAAUGUCACUCUAUCAAUUAUUUGUACUCUGAGAUUUUGAGACCGUUUUGUAACACUAUUUUU